AGAGAGCUCGAGCCUCCAGCAGCAGCAGGAACGCCCUGCAUCCUCUCUCCUCUCCUCCAACAUCCAUCCGCUGUCCGUGUGUCCCGGCUCUCCUCUGCCCCUCCAGCCGCGGAGGAGCCACUCUGAACGGGAAGGAAGACGAAGCAAACCUCGCUGGAAGAAAAUGGCCUUUUAACACCUGAGAGAAUAAACCCAGGAGAAGAGACAUGGUUCCUUUGGCUUUUUCCUUCCUCCACCGCCGCCUCCUCCUCCUCUUCCUUGCUUCCCUGAGCUGCUUCCCCGCUUCUGCUGACAGGAGAUUCGGUUGCCUGUUUGAGAACGAGCUGUGUUCACCAUAUGAGAUCUGUGUAAACGAUGGUAUGUUUGGGAGGUGUCACCCUGUUCCAGUGAAGGAGGUCUACACCUACGAUGUUUCCCCGUCUGUAGUGCAACACUUCAGGACGCUGCUGGAGAAGCUCUCUAACAGAGGUGGUGCUCCCAGUCCCAAGGACAAUGAAGCUGAGGGACAGACUAACCCCAGUCGUGAUGAGGAGGAGGAUGAGACCAGAAAUAUGACAGGUUUGACCUGGGAAGAUGACACCACCCAGCAGUAUCUGUCCAAGGAGUUAUCCAAAUUGAGGAGGAUUCCCCUCAGGUCACAGCAGAAUGGAGCUGUCUACAACCCUGACAGCAGGCCUGCAGCUGAAGCGAUGGACCCAGUAGACCAGAGGGUGAAGCCGGUGGAGGUGGAGCUCAGCAGAAAUCUGCAGAUGUACCUCCAACGUCUCGGCCUCCUUCCCAAGACGUCGUCUGCCUCCGGUCUGAGCACCCCUGACAAGAGUGAUCGUUUCCAGUCAGGCAUCCCUGCAGACUUCUAUCGCUCCAAGGCUCAGAUUUCGGCUCAGAAGUCGUCUCCCUCCAGCUUUUCCUCUCUUUCAUCUUUCUUACCUCUGCAGAAGCAGAGACCUCCAGCCGACCAGCUCCUUGCUACGCAAGCAGAGGGUGACCUUCUCCUUGGCGCCCUGAGGCAGUAUCUCUCCGGGCAUCUGUCCCUCCACGGCGGGGGGAUGAGCCCCGAGGAGCAGGCGGGCCCCUCGCCCCGCCUGAGGCCCCUCUACAGCGACGGAAUAGAAAACUCUGGGCUCAAAAAGGAGACCUCAAAAUCCAGGCUUCUGAAGUUGGGAAGAACUCAAGGGGAUUCAGUCAAGGACCCUCUGACGUCUGUGGACGAGAGGUUCAUCGAGAACGUUUUGAAGAAUGUCGUCAGGCAACAUGUGGACGUGGAUGGCUUGACGCCUCAGGAUUUGGGCCAGCUGUCCAGUCUGAUAGCUGAUGCUCUGCAGGUGGUUGACCAUGACCAGAAUCUAAACAGAGGCCUCACCCACGUUAGACCUGGACCAAGAGACUUGGAGGGAGAGCUGGAACAAGAAGAGGAGGCUGCCAGGGAUGAGGAAGACGAGAAGUUACUCGAGAACGCUCCAACACUGAAACCACAGGAGAGUACUCCUAUUAUGCCGGCAGCACUUCAAGAGCGUCACGCGGAUACGGAGGAGCAUAAUGUGAAGGACGAGCCUGAGAGUGGAACCCUCUUCACCAAACUUCUCGCCUACCUGGACAAAACUUCCUUCGGCGCCUCUCCUUCAGCAAGAAAUCGUGACGACGUUGCCAUGGGAACACCCAAAGGCCAACAGGUGGGCCUGGAAAAUGUCCAGAGCCGGACCAGCGAGGCAGGGGUGAAGGUGCAGAAGAAGGACGGCACCCAGUCUGUGGAGGAGGUGUCGGAGGUGCAGGGCUGGAUCAAGGAGGUGGUGCCCCCUCCUGCUUCGCUUGUGUACGAGGAGCCGCACAAGAAGACGAUGCACGUUCCGGAACUCCAGCUGGACGUCAAAGCGGGCAGGAAGAAGGCAGACGAUGAUGUGUUCGGCUAUGUCAUCACUGACACAGAUGGGCUACAGACAGAUGAAGGCCUCCACCUGAUGGAAAUCCUGGCUCGCAGGGCUAAAAUCCAGAUGACGGACUUCGCCAAGCUCUCGGUGGUGGGCCCCGCUGUGACCUUCAAAGUGAGCCCGAACACUCAGAACGUCAGCACUGCAGAUGUGGCCAACGUGGCUGUCCAGCAGAAAGAGGCUCUGGAGAAAGAAGCCAAGGUCAGCAUCCUGGAGGCCGGUGUCGCCGAUGAAAGCCAGAUCAACCAGAUCCCCACCAAGUACAGCCAGGCCGAGUCGACAAAGUUCUUCAUCCUCACCAUUGUGUCUAUCCUGUGCAUUGUUGGCGUGCUGCUGGCCUCCACAGUGGUCUACUGCCUGCGCCACCGCUCCCACCACAAGCUGAAAGAGAAGCUCACCAAUCUGGGAACAGAUACUGGCAGCGAUGCUACCGCCACCUAUCAGGAGCUCUGUCGUCAGCGCAUGGCGGUCAAACCUCCAGCUGAGCGUCCGGAGCCCAUCUCCUCCAGGAUCAACAGCGUGUCGUCUCAGUUCAGCGAUGGGGGUCAAGCCGUCAGCCCCUCAGCUCGCAGCAGCAUCUCCUCCUGGAGUGAAGAGCCCGCUCACUCCAACAUGGACAUCUCCACCGGUCACAUGAUACUGUCCUACAUGGAGGAUCAUAUGAAAAACAAGGAUCGCCUGGAGAAGGAGUGGGAGGCGCUGUGUGCCUAUCAGGCAGAACCCAACGCCUGCACCAUCGGCAUGAAGGAUGGCAACGCCAAGAAGAACCGCUCCGCUGCUGUUGUGGCGUAUGAUCACUCCAGAAUCACCUUGAAGGUGGAGAACAGCCAAGGCAACUCUGAUUACAUCAAUGCCAGCCCGAUCAUGGAUCAUGAUCCCAGGAACCCAGCCUACAUUGCUACUCAAGGCCCUCUGCCCUCCACUGUGGCUGAUUUCUGGCAGAUGGUAUGGGAGAACGGCUGCGUGGUCAUUGUUAUGCUGACACCUCUCGUCGAGAGCGGGGUGAAGCAGUGCUACCACUACUGGCCUGACGAGGGAUCCAACCUGUAUCACAUCUACGAGGUGAACUUGGUAUCCGAACACAUCUGGUGCGACGAUUUCCUGGUUCGUAGCUUCUACCUAAAGAACAUGCAGACCAAUGAGACACGAACCGUCACUCAGUUCCACUUCCUGACCUGGCUCAACCAGACAGUCCCAGAGACCAGCCGGAUGCUCCUCGACUUCCGCAGAAAAGUUAACAAGUGCUACCGGGGACGCUCGUGUCCUAUCAUAGUCCACUGCAGGCAAGUAUCAUAACAACUACAGCAGUCUGUAUUUCUUUUUUUAUGUCUUGAAAUGGUCCUAGCAUAUAUUAAGGGUUAUACAAUUUGGUUUGUCUUGAGUAAGAUGUCAGUUUUUGACAACAAGCAGAUAAACAGCCCCUUUACUGAUAAACGACUUGCUUAGAUGAUUUGAAGCUGAACUUGCAUGCCCUUGUGGUUUCUGUCAUCCAGUCUGAGCUACCAUUUAGAUUCUCACAAGCUCUCAUGUCACUUGUCAGCGUGUGGCGAGCGACAAACAUUUUACACGAGAAAUUAGCCAAGAAGUUGUGAUUUAAUUUGACAAACUGUCCACGGAGGACAGUAACUUUUAAUUGGAGGCACUUCAAAGUUUGCAGAGUGUCGUUUGGAGCCAGUGGGUGAGAGCGAGAGAGGGGUAAAUAGAAGUAGGCAGGGUUGCAGCUGUUGUGUGUGUGUGUGUGUGUGUGUGUGUGUGUGUGUGUGUGUGUGCGUGUGUGUGUGUGUGUGUGUGUGUGUGUGUGUGUGUGUUAUCACAUCUGCACACCCCCACCACCUCAGGAAAUAACUCCAGACCAGUGAGACAUAAUUAAAUCUGUAUUUAACAGAAAAAUCUGCCAUGGUUUUUUUUGUGUGGAAACAUCCUGCAAUGAUUGGAUUAGAGAGGAAAAAAAUAACUUCCAUAACAGAUAGCCGUUCUGUCUGUCUGCUCACUCCUCCGCUAAGUGAUAUAUUAUUUAAUAUGGUGGAAUUGCUCUUCGAGGACGAUGAAACUGUACAUUUCUUGGCUAAAUUGUCAGGCUGCACCAGAGUAUGAAACCUGUCUUUAUGGAGCAUCAGCCACAGAUCAUCCUCAAGUUUCUCAGUUACCUUCCAAGUAAAAGUUGUGUUUAGAAACAUAGUGAAACUUCCAGUUGACAGUUUGUUACCUGGUUUAGAGGUUGCUUGAAUAGAGUCAUCAUGCACACACUUCAUGUAUAUAAAGGUGUUACAGGAAGUGUGAUGCUUGGUCCACUGAAAUUCUAUCUACUCUUCAACCAAUCGAUGGGGCAAGAAAAUCUGCAUGUUUUCCCCAAGCAGCAACCUCAGAGGCUGAGAAAUACAGCCAACGCAAAGGUGCCAAAAACUGCAGUUCACUGAAUGGCCACUUGAGGCUGGCUCCAAAACCCCGUAGAUCCACAUGUUCAUAUGUCCAACAUUACAGCUAAAACAAACAUGUUUACAGCCUGGUCCAAAAAACAGUUUUGGUUUCUAUAGCUAAUUUUAACAUUCAUGACAACUGGACAGGGGGGUAAUUUUUUUAUAACUAACCCAUUUACAUUUUAUCAAGACUUAAAGUUACGCAAACUUCGAGUAAAACGCUGCACCUGUCACCGUCACCAGUCAUUUAGUCACAGUGUUGAAGGGGUGGGACAAAUACCACAAAUACCAACCGUCACAGAGGACAAAUAUAAGUGCUGAACAUCAGCAACAUUUUCAGCUAGGAAAUGAAAUGCUUUGGUGGACACACGGCCUUAUUAAAGUAACAGCAACUGUUCAACCAGUGAGAAUUUGGUCGGGGCAUAUUGACCAACUAAUCGACCAACCUACCAGAAGGUGACAGCCAUGCUGGUAACUGUUUUCAGCUAAUAUGACUGCUUUACCUUUAUAGUGUUGUUUAGUCCGUAGGUCACUUUACCCAAUAUGUGAUGAACUGAUUGGCACCACAGUCAUUGUAAUGUGUGCCAGUGCUUAGCACAUACUGUUUAAUAAUCUGAUGCUGGAUCAUGCUCCAAAAGGCCCUGCACACCCAGACAGGUGAUUGCCAGUAUGAAUGUUUGGUGGCUUUUGAAAGUUUUUCAGUAAUUUUUUCACUUUUCACAAUUUUCAGAGAAGUUCAGGAUUUUGUUGUGUUUAGAUGCUUAUUAAGAUCUUUGCAACAUUUUUUGUGUCAUACCUGGUGGCUUUUUUAAUAUCACAUACCAGGCCUUGAGAGGAGGGAAUGAUAUUGUCAUGUAACCUCUGAUUUGCACCAAUCAAAGCUCAUCCCUAAACCCAGCCAGCCAAUCGUGUAAAGCUGUAGUACUGAAAGGAUGGAGAAACUGUCCCAUUCAUCCUGCAGACUUUCACUGAGAGCUUUCAAACGAGUUUGUCAAAGCCAACUGUGCGCGGCCAUUUAUCACCCUAAUGUAUACAGAGAGCAGAGUGAAGCAAUCAGGAUGAGAAGUGAGCGAACAGAAGAGUGCAGAUGCCCAAAUUCUAUAAUCACAGCAUUCGGAGAAUUUCUCUGUCUCUCUUCUUUCUUUCUCUCUAGCUUUCUCUCUCUCUCUCUCUCUCUUUUUUUUUUGUUUUUUUUGUUUUUUUGUUUUUUACAAUUUUUGUCAUUUCAAAGCUUUUUUUUCUUUCUUCUAUCGCUCUCAAUCUUGUCUUCUUUUUUCUUUCCCUCUCUCUGCUCGUCUGUCCCACUCUGUCUCUCAUUUUAAAUAGGAGUGAGAGAAGGCAGCAGACAUCUUGACAUGUUUACUCACAGCCCUCAGGCUUCUGCUGACACACACACACGCACACGCACACGCACACACAUCACAUAUCUUUGAUCGCCUUGUAAUGAUCUUGGCGAGGUGCAGCGAUACGACAGAUCUAAUCACGGCGUAAUAACCUGUACAACACACACAGAAACACACACAGAGAGAUGGACACACACAAACUACCUGAGAUCAGAGAGAUAGUAGUAUCUGCGUAGAACGUGCACACACACUCACACACUCUGAUACUGUGGUGGUACUGCUCAAUUACUGCCACUGGGUGUGUUGGAAUAAACAGCUGUGUGUGUGUGCGCGCGCGUGUGUGUAAGUGGUAGCUGGCAUGCGUCCGUACUUUCUGAAUAUUUCAUUUCCACUAGGGUCUUGGUUUUUCUCUGCAAGAAUACACACACAUGCACACACACAGACACACACACACUUGAGUUUGCUGGAUUACACGCCAGCCCAUGAAAUAGACUGGUGCGGGUGCAGACAUCAAUUUUCAACACUUGAAAUAAAUCUAGGAUACAAAAUAUUCCCUCCACAUAUACUACAGAGUCUAAUUCUGUUUAAUGCACCACAUUCAGGUUUUCUUUUUUUUCUUUUUCUUUUUUUUUGGGGGGGGGGAACAUGCAUUUACGUCUGUAUUAAACAAAAAAAUGUAACAUUGCUGUUGUUGCUAAACAGAUUUAAUUUUUGACGUUAUUUCCUGACCAAAAUAAAACCCAUUCCAGCCUCCUGUUCCAUAAUUGUACGCCUUUGAAGUUGUUUAUCCCCUUGAAAUAGCAUUAGAAGACUCAUAAACCUCGACAUAUUAAAUCUCUCAGACUGCUGCUCACCUGCUUAACAUUGAAGUCAGGUUACGUCUGUCUCCGCUCUGGAAAAAAAAGAACCCAAUAACAUGAAUAUGGUGGAGGAUAUGAAAGAAGUCGUAUUGUUACAGUGAAUCUGUGGGUGUUAUGUGCCGCACCUUUACUGUGUGAUUUUUCAGCAGCAGUGGGACAAGCCGACUUGCCGGCGUUGCUGCCACGGUUCUCUAAAUGCUUGUUAACACUUCAGAUUUAAUCAGUUUUACUGGUUUAAAAUCUUAUUUGAAUUUGCAUCAGCAGCCACAGAGAGAACGUUUAUUGCCUCUUGUCUGGAUGAAAACACACAGCUGCCAGACUGAACUUGUAAAAGUCGACAUGAUGGAAGAUCAUGGCAGGAGACAAAAACUGUAGCUGUAGAUUUGGUUUGCUGAUGGUGUCACAGUAAACACAGUAAUAGCAGCCGAGCAGGUGAGCUGCUUUUGCCCGGACACAUCAAACUGUAGCAGUAUGUGAAGCUCUCAGUGUUUCCCUGUGGAAAGACUUUGAUGAACCUGAAGUAUUAUGUAACUCAAUAUAACAAUCUCAACAGGUAAUUCACUUUUUUUUGUUUUUUUACCAAAUUUAAUGCAUGAAGGUUCCAAUAAAUAAGAAAGGAGGAAAACAGUGGCUGGUUGAUUAGUCUCAGCAACAGAAAUAAACAUGUAAUAAUGACCAAUCCAUUUUUUUUUCUUUUUUCGGUUUUCAGAAAUCACCUUUUUUAAUUUUUUUCCCCUCCUUUUUUGCUGCAUCACCAAAUACUUAAAAAUGCCCAACAUGAUUAUAUGUGUAUAUCCAGAAUAUUUUCCUACUAGGUAAACUAUUGAUAAUGAUUUGUUAUUACAUUUUAUUUUAUUUGCUUAUUUUUUAUUAUUUGUAUUUUUUAACUGUUAUCACUAGUAUUAGUAUUAUGAUAUUUUUUGUAUUAUUAUGUAUUUAUUUAUCCAUUUUUUUUCUCAUUCUCUCUCUUAUUUAUUUACUUCUUGGGUGUCCGUGGAGGGCUGGGUGUGUGUGCUUAAAUGUUCACUGAAAAUCAAAUAAAGUUUUUUUUUUAAAAAGUAUUUGGGAAACAUGGAAAUUUACUUCUUUUUUUACAAGAGUGACUUAACAGUUUUUUAUAUGCAGUGACAAAGGCAAGACAGAGCCCUUUUUUUAACAUAAUUUUAUUUCUAAUGUAAAAUUUUACUUCAAGGUUAGAUUUAAUUUAAUGCAAAAUUCUGUCUUCAUGAGUUUAUAAAGCAGUGUCCAUCAUGAGAAGAGAACAUACCUCAGUAAGAAGCAACUACAGUAGAUUCAUUUAGCUCCGCCAGGUUUAACCAUCAUGUGCAGAUAGCAACAAGUAAAUAUUUAAUGCAAUAAAAACUUUUAUGUUUACAUACAAUGAAUGUUGAAUGCAAAGGUUUUCAUACCACUGCAGUCUCUAUCUUAAAAAUGAUAAUACAUCUUUGAUGUCAUGAUUAUUUUUUAUUCUUUAUUAUCAUGAAAAGAAAGAUAUGGGGAAUGUAGACAAGCUGUGUUGUGUACCGUCAGACCAAAAUACAUUAACUGAUGACAAGUAAUGAUCUGACAAACUGUUUCAUUUAAUUAAUACUUGUCUGUCUUCAUCUCUCCUCUCAACCCCCAUCUGUGUCCCGCGCUCUGGUCCACACGUGCAGUGACGGUGCAGGAAGAAGUGGGACCUACGUCCUGAUCGACAUGGUCCUCAACAAGAUGGCUAAAGGUGCCAAGGAGAUUGAUAUUGCAGCGACUCUGGAGCACCUGCGGGACCAGAGGCCGGGAAUGGUUCAGACCAAGGAUCAAUUUGAGUUUGCAUUGACGGCCGUUGCGGAGGAGGUGAACGCCAUUCUGAAAGCUCUUCCACAGUAGAAAGGAGCGCCUCCUUCUGAUGAACCUCCUUCCUUAUCUUCACCUCCUCUCUUGUCUCAUUGAGAGGACGGUCCCUAUUAUUACAUCCUUAUUUGUCCUCCUCCUGUCUCCUCAGUUUGCUUCCUUGUUCCAAUCUCCUUCUUUCAUUCUCCCCCUCUGACUUUUUUGUUUUGUGCUUUCUCGUUUCAUUUCAUCUUUUCCCAACUUAUCAUCCCUGUUUUUCCGGUGUCCUUUUCUUUCGUCUGUCCAGUUCAUACAUGUCAUUUCCUAAAUGUCCUUCUUUCCAUUCUCUUUAUUGUUGUGUCCUUUCUGUCUUCAGAAAAAAAAGCAGAUGUCCCUUCCUUCCCUCAUUGUGUCCAUUCUCCUCUUGUGUUUCCUUAAACAUCCUCUUCUUUCCACUAAUGCCCCCUCCCUUCCUUUCCUCCCAUCUCCUCCUCUCCUUGCAUCUUAGUAAACAUUGUGCCAGGAAAACGUUGAACCAGUCCUGUACAUAGAUAGAUCUUCCUUCUAUUGUAAUGAUCCAUGCAGCCUGUUUUCCAAAGUGUCAUUUAAACACAUUUUCAUAGAUUGAUAAAAAAAAAUGCUUCUCUAUGUUCUGUUAAGAGUAUAUUUAUCAUCAUUUCUGUUUGGAUGUUAUGAGUUUGUGUGGGAUGUUGAUCAUCAUGUCUGUAUCACAAAAUUGUAUUUGUGUCUGAUUUUUAGAGCCAUGCUUUUUGAUAUGUUGUCAUGCAGUACGCUAGAGUGUCACAGUUUAACUCAUCUUUCAUCUCCCAUUGAGGAUUUUUUCCCCAAUAACAGUAAGUGAUGAAAAACUGCCAAUAGGGUGUUGUUUCCAGCAUUUGUGGCAUUUAAAAUCUGCAAUUUUCCACUUAUUGUGAGAAAUACAAAAACGACGCUGGUGCUGGAUGUGAGGUGAAAGAACAUGGAUAUAUUUUUCUCAAUGUGUAAUUCUCAUUAUCCUAGUAGAAGCAAUAUUGUGUUUCUUCAACCUGAAUCGCUAUCUCUCGUGGACAACCAAUAUUGUGGCUUGUCAGUGAAGUUACACUCAUGUCUGCCUUAAUAAAAAAACAGUAGAUGGACUCUUAAAAUGCGUCCAGCCACGUUGAAGCUAUAGGCUAGUGUGUAACGCUUCAUUUUAAAAUGGCCUUAUUCCAGGGGAUUAACCUGUGGAUUAAAGGUUUGCCGUGCUGUUACUUAGUGAAAAUCCCUCUGAUAAGCACUGGAGAAUAUGCAGUCUUUAAUAAUCUGGUCCAGGACGUUAUUUAUUGUGAGAAGUUUGUGACAGUCUUUGAAUCAGCUCAACAGCAGUCAUCUUGUGUACUUUAAAAGUAAACUAAUAAUCAAUUUGAACACUGAAAUGAUGCCGUUAUAAAAUCAAGUGUUUCUGACUAGUGCUUUUAUGAUAAAAGAGGUUAGUCUUGCUUCUGAAUAGCAGUUCUUCUAUGUAGCAUUAAUGGAUGAUUUGUACAUGUACAGUAGCUGAACCUGUAUUCCAUUGAAAACUAGUUUGCAGUUCCACUUGUCAGCUGGUUUUCCCAAAAGCAUCUUGGGACUAACUGGUUUUUGUUCCGUUGUAAAUGAAAAGAGCAGCAUUAAAGGUCCAGACCUUUUCUGCAUUUGCAUGUUUAAGCUAGUUUACUUCAAACUGCUUGUGCUUUACAUCGCUGCUAACCAAAUGAUGUUCCUGUGUCUCACCUUUUUGAACAUAUUGUGUUUUAAAAUAUAUUCUAAGCGCCCAAACCUUCCCAUUCAUUUCCGUCAAGGAUAAAAAUUAAUUAGUGGUCCCACCCUAGUUACCGUUUGCCAGUUCUGUUUAGCUAGCUGCUGCUUCAAGAAGCCGACAGCAAGGACCACGUGUGAUAGAAGGAUAUAUUCACAAUGGUAACUUUUAGGGAGAAGGCAAAAUUAUGCCUUUAAGCUUCUUUAUUGAUACAAGAAAAAUAAAGAGGAGUCAAACCUGUCUGUCAUUAGGCUAGCUCUUUUUGAUGUGGCGAUAACGUUAGCUAGCUAGUUAGCCAGCAUUCUGCUAACGUUAGCUAACUUAAGAUGUGACAAUGAACAGUGUAGUGUUGCUAUGGUGACUUUGACAGUCCUUCAACCUCAUCUUUUAACCAUCUUCAAAACUUGGUAAGUAUGACAAGAAAGGGAAAAGUUGACGUUCUGCAGCGUUUAAGCUUGUUCAAUACUUAUUGGAGCACAGAGCAAAAAUGGGCGGGACUUAGGAAGGGCUUAUUAUCGUUGGAAGAUUAUUCAAAGCAGACACUUAAAAUUAGCGUUCACUUGCAACCACAUUAGCACUUAUAUUGAAAGUUUUUGUUGAAGGUUUAAGGAGUCUGCUGUUUAAUUAUCAUAUUGUUUGGAUAUGAAUGGAAAGAAAUUGACAAACUAGAUUAAAAGUCUAAAAGUCUGCGACAUGCAUUCAUAGACUGUCAGCAGUAAUUAGAAGCUUACUUGCUUUGUAUUUAAAGGGAACAAAACACCAGUAUGGUGUAAGUUGUUAUUGCUACUACAGUCUGUAUCCAUUGGUGCUUUUUUUGUGCUUGGUUUAUUUAAGAUUCACACAGCACAAUUAAAGGCCUCCAUGGGCUUGUAAACAAAAGUCACAUAUUUUACAAGUAACCUGUUAAUUGGACAGUUUGGGUAACCUGUCGAAUACAAGUCGAUGUAGGUUUUCUUGGCUUUCCAAGCAUGAAGAACUCCCUGGGCUGUGGGGCAAAGAGAUGGUUUUACCUGUGUGUGACUGUGUCUGAGGGCUGAGAGAAAUAAUACCACUCAUAAACCCUUAGGUUUUGGAUGAAGUUCUUGUUGAUCGGGAUUAAGUUAGAAGCUUGAUCUACGAGAACAGAAAAGCUUGUUCAAGUAAACAAAACGCCACUAACAUGCUUGGGGGUGAUCACCAACACAGCCAUUAUCUAAAGAUGCCUUUGGGAAACAGCUCAUAGUUUGUGAAAAAUCAUCUUAAUUUCACUAGUUUUAAUUAGCGGACAGCAGUGUUGUGCAUUAGUGUACUAAACAAGCAUGUUUAUUGAACUAAGAUUGUUAUAUGGCACCCAGCAUGCCAGUGCUGUGUCAAAGAUUGUUUCCCUGUCAAUGUGUGUUUGUGUUUCCCCCAACCUACAUAUGAACCAAACCUUUUAUUUUACAUAACCAAGAAGGGGGCGCCACUCAUUUUAAGAAGCGGGUAACACUAUUUUGAUAACACAACACUGGCAUGGCUAUUGCACCUGGCAAUUUGUGCAAUACAGCUACUGAUGCUGCUGAAGCCGAACAGUUUAAAUGAACAUAUGAACAUAAACUAGUUCAUUUCAAUCUUUGUGAACUCAACUUUGAACUCUUGUGAAGUGUGAACGUGCACAACACGGGCUGACACUAAAUGAACAGGUUUAAAGAUUCUAUCCAUCAAUUACAAUUGUUUUAUUUUGUUUUAUUUGAAUCUCCAAUGAUAUGACUUGCAUACACUAUGUUACUAGUGCAUGGCUAUUUAUUCAGCAAUUAAGUGUGCUGUACUUUCCUGUGGCCUCGAGACCAUUUUAGCAAAACUCUUAAAGCAAACAACUUCAUUCCACGCUAUGUACUGCACGAGAACCUUAAAAGUGCAAAAGCCAAGGAUUAUCAUCUCCAGACUGUGCAGAUCAUGGUUAAAGUGAGUUGAAAGGUGGUGCAGUGUCGAUAUGAUGUAACACUGCAGCAAGCUGGUGUCAUGUUGUUGGAAUCGACUCCAUUUUUCAUCACAAAAUUGAAACUUGCUGUAAGGAAUGCUCCUUUUAACGGCUUGUUUAAUGUAGAAUCGGAUCUUAUUUUUUCUGCCUUUCUAAAGACACUGUCACGUAUGUGUUAAAAAUAUGGAAACACAUGAAACUGCAUUGAGGGAAUUGAAAUGAUCUGAUUCUAUCUGUCAUUUUUAAUGGGAGUAAAAACUAAACAUGGGUUUUUGUUUUUGCAGGGAGGAUGCUCAGUAGGUCACAUUCCCCAAUGCUCUACUGUCUUUCACACAAUUCAUCAAGUAUCAAUAGAUGGCUGGUCUGUUGCAUUAACACACUGUACAUAAACAAAAAAAAGAAAAAAACAACAGAAGAUAUUUUUGUUCUAUUGGUGUAAACAACUUGUGAAUAAAGUCUCAUUGUCGAU